GAAUUUAAAUGUCUAGGAUAAAUUUUAAAUAAUAUACGUUUUAUGCAUACACAAAUCGCUUUGCUCACAAUUUACACCUUUAUCGACGAAAUAUAAAAAGUCUCUGUCUUAAUUGAUCUUUACAGGGAUUAUACACAGAUGUACACGCGCGUUUAUGAGAUGAAUAUAGAAAAUAAUAUAGGCUGAUAUAAUAUAAAUAUAAUAACAUCGACAGAUUUACGCAUUUCCAUGGAAACACACCAUUUAAGAUACCAAUGUACCGUGGUGCCAAAAUCGACAUGUCGCUAUAUGCAUGUACCUUUAAAAGAAUUGUUCAAGUGACUGUAUAUAUAUUCUUGGUUUUGAUUGCAUGGAAAUGUUUAGGCAACAUUUAUACAAAAACAAAUUUUUAUGAGAAGAAUCAAGUUCUUGACUAUACGAACAGAGAAUCAAAUUUUAGGCAAACCUCUUCUACCGAGACGUUUGAUUUGUCUCCUAUUGAGUUAAUACGCCAAGACUGUGGUGAACUUUGUGAUACAGAUCGACCUGGGACACCAGGACCAUUCUUUGAUCAUAUGACCGCUAAGAUAAAUUGUAAUGCUUUAUUUACCAACGAAUACAUUGACAGAGAACACGGUCAAAAGAAAGCGCCAAAGGAAAUACCUAAAGUACUCUGGAACGAAUUUACCAUGAAAAAUCGUUUAGAGGUUGUGAGUUAUUAUUUUGACGAACAUUCUUUAGGAAAGAGAAAACAUAUUUCUGUACCUGUUUGGACACAGUCGGAAAUUAACGGUUUGAUAUCUAAAGCCAAAAAGGGUAAACUUGUUGGAAAUUAUGGUGUAAACAAUACAAAUGCUCUUCGUGAUGGGUUGAAGCAUGCACCAGGUGUCAAGAAUGGACGAGUCCUUGUUAUUGGUUCCGUAAAGCCUUGGGCAGAAGCAUGUGUCCUGGAGGCAGGUGCGCGAGAAAUUGUUACUCUUGAAUAUGGUAAAAUAGUUUCACAUAUUCCGAAUGUUAAGACAAUGGUACCUUAUGAAUUUAGAAUGGCAUAUUUAAACAAAACGUUAGGAGAAUUCGAUGCUGUAGUGACCUUUAGUUCGGUUGAACAUUCGGGACUUGGACGAUACGGGGAUGCUUUAAAUCCCUGGGGAGACAUAAUUGCAGUGGCAAGAGGUUGGUGUGUAACUAAAGAAGGUGGUUCUCUUACAAUAGGAGUAGAAUAUAACAACAAUCAGGAUUAUAUAAGAUUCAAUGCUGACCGUUGCUAUGGUAAAAUCAGAUAUCCUUAUUUGGCAACAAACUGGAAACAGUUUUAUAGAGGAUACUCAGGGAAAGGCAUACAGAGAGUUCAUGUGUUUACAAAAUAAAAUAUAAGUUUAUUAUAACACACUAAUUACGUGUGAUGGAAAUUGUCGAUUUUCUCCUGUGAAAAAAGGAAUGUUGUGAUGCAAAUAGAAAAAGAGUUUCGAUCAACCAGUGUAAAGAGUAGAAAUUUGUUUUCCCUCAUUUUCAAAGUGCAAAGCAUAUAUUCGUGUGAUCUUCGAAUGACAGUAAUAAUGAAGAAAAAAUGAGAUCUUUUUACCAGAUAUGCAUAUAUAAAAAAUAAGCCAUAAAACACACUUUCUGUAAAGCAACACACAAGUUAUGAACUAUGUCUUUCAAGUGCAAUAUGUAUCAAUUUUAUGUGUACGUUUUACCAUUUACACAACUUAGUCUUGUCCAACCUACAUCAUACCCUACCUCGUCCUAACCACGAACAAUAUGAAUAAAAACAGACGUUCGGUAUUCGUUAAUGAGACAGUACUCGAUAUAUCAAAACCCAGCACAGACAUUUAGAGGUCUUCAAAAAUAGACAGGUGUCUUUAUUUAAACCAAGCUCUAAAUCGCCCCAAGUCUAGAGAAUUAGUGACUAAUUUGAACAAGGACUAUUAAAAGAUCAGCCAUCAACACCAGAUUCACAAAAUUGACCAAAAAACCCACACAAACACAUUAAGACAUUAGAAGAGGCACAUGGACAUGAAGAACAAUUUAAAAAUAAGAAGAUAUAGUACUAAGAUUGCCAAUGAGACAACUCUCAACCAAAGACGAAAUGACGUAUAUGUCAUCGUACGGCAUUCAACAAUGAGCUAAAUGAGCUGAGCAAGAUUGAUUGUAGUUACAGAAAGCAGACUCAAAGUAUAUAGGGGACUUGUUGAUAUGAAAUCACGCUGUCCUACAGACAGUAAUACCGGUUGCUGUACUUUAUAGAAUAUUUCAUGGAUAUAAGAAGAUGUGGUAUGAGUGCCAAUGAGACAACUCUCCAUCCAAGUCACAAUUUGUAAAAGUAAACCAUUAUAGGUCAAAGUACGGCCUUCAACACGGAGCCUUGGAACAACAUCAUAUACAGUACAGAGAGAAAGACGCGACCAUGUGCAAUGCAACAGGAAUCUGCUUUGACUUACAUAAAUAAUUCUACUUUAACAUUGCCUCACUACUAUAAGAUGACGGUAUUACCGUCAUCUUAUAGUAAUGAGGCAAUGUGGUCAAUGUGCUAAUGGUAUAUUUUUCAUAUUGUAUAAUAUAAUAAACUUCAUUUAGAAACUUUGA